GUCCAUAUCAUGCAUUAGCAGAAGAAAAAAACGGAAUUUUUAAGAAGAUAAAACGAAUUCACCUGGUUUAAUCUUACUGUUGUCACCGGCAACACAAUGGGGUCCUGCUUUAGCAAGCACCCCACCUCUGAAAAUUUCAGCACGGAGGUCAAGGUUGCCCGAUACGAAGGCCCCGUGGUGGUGGAGCUCUUCUCAUCUCUGGGAGAUGCCAACUCACCAGAAGCAGAGAUGCUCUUCUCCAGACUGGGCAGGGGUGACUUUAAAUUGGAAAUGCCGGUGAUUUUGUUGGCUUACCAUGUGGAUUAUUGGAAUCAUAUGGGUUGGAAAGAUCCCUUCGGGUCUAGUUUAUGGACGGCACGUCAAAAGGCCUAUGCGGAGGCUCUGCAAAUCGAUGACUUGUAUACGCCCCAAGCCGUUUUUCAAGGGAAAGCUCAGUGCAUGGCAAGUGUUGAGGAUAAACUGUUAUCGCGCAUAACAAGUGCACCUAGAUAUCCUGGUCUGGAAUUCCAGGCCACAUUUCAAAGACCGACGGAGAACAGCCUGCAAGUAACACUUACGGGUCAUCUAAACUCGGAUGUCGAUAGUCAUGGUGUUGACAUUAAUGUUGCCCUUUAUGAAAACGGUCUGGUGACCGAUGUUGAAAAUGGACCAAACAUUGGACGAGUUUUGACGACCGAUUAUGUAGUCAGGAAACUCGCAAAGCUCAGCUCCGUUAAAAACAUUUCUGCCGACACACCCAUCUCAGAAACUCUCAAGUUCGCUCUUUGGGAUGGUUUUGACAGCAGCAAAUGUGGCAUCGCAGUCUUCCUUCAGAAUGACUCUCAUCAUAUAUUUGGUUCACAAGACAUCAAGUUGCCCAAGGAUCUACAAGUAAAAGAAGAGGAAGAAUAAGAAGAAUAACUUAAGUGCUUCUAGUGACAAUCUAGAUUUCCAGACCAGAAAAUCAGUGUGGGCAUGAGAAAGUACGUAUGAUUGCAAUAAGCAUGUCCUGAAACUUAGCAUUCCAACUACAUAUGUACCAUACAGAAUGAUGUCUCACUGUAAUGAUCAGUUGCAGACUAGCAUUACUGGCAGGUGGAGACAGAACAGUCUAAUGCAUGAAAUUUCUUAAAGAUAUUCGGUACUUCUCAUUACUUGGCAUUGUAAGUUGCAAUGCUGAACUAGAACUAGAACA